AUGAACUUGACAGAGUUUAAUCAGUCUAAUCGCUGUGAUCAUUUCUCCUGUCCAGAGAGAUCUGUAUCUCCUGCAGUUUAUAUCUUACUGUAUGUGUGUUCAGCUGCUGUGGUUCUGCUAACAGUGUGUGGAAAUAUGCUUGUCAUCAUCUCUGUUCUUCACUUUAAGCAGCUUCACACACCAACAAACAUGCUGCUGCUCUCUCUGGCUGUGUCAGAUUUCCUUGUUGGAGUUUUUGUAAUGCUACUGGUGUUCAUCUGGUUUAUAGAGUCAUGCUGGAUUUUUGGGAGAGAUUUUUGCAUAUGUUUUAUGCUUACUGGUGGCCCUCUAAUGAACUUGUCCAUCUAUAAUAUUGCUCUGAUCUCUGUAGAUAGGUAUUUUGCUCUCUCAAACCCUUUUCUCUACACAAACACAAUCUCUAUAAGGACAAUGUGCAUCGUAGUUUAUUGUAUCUGGUGUGUGAGUCUGGCAUAUAAUAUAGCACUAUUUUAUUUCACUGGAGCCCUCACGGGUUCUGUAAUGUGUCCUGGAGAGUGUUAUAUAUUUUUUCUGAAUGAUGUUUGGACUGUAAUUGAUCUCAUAUAUUCCUUUAUAUUUCCACUUUCUGUCAUAAUCAUAUUGUAUACUCGAGUUUUUGUGAUUGCUAAGAAACAUGCCACUGCUAUCAGAGAGCUUAAUAAUCACACACGGCCUCAAACACAGAAAAUCACCUCAUACUCCAUGAAAUCUGAGAGAAAAGCAGCUAAAGUCCUCGGUAUUUUAGUGUCUGUGUUUCUGGUGUGUUUACUUCCAUAUUUUAUUUACAGUUUAUUAGGGAAUGUUAUUGAACUACAGGCAGAAACAUUUCAGAAAGUUUUGAUCAUUCUUUAUCUUAAUUCUACUGUUAAUCCAGUUAUUUAUGCUCUGUUUUAUCCGUGGUUCAGGAGGUGUGUUAAAUUAAUUAUAACUCUGCAAAUAUUUAAAAAAGACUCUGCAUUAAUAAAUGUUCUUUCUUGA